AUGCCUCCGAAACGCACGCACGAGGACCCUCAGUCUCUUAAGGAGAAACUGCACUCGCUCCAGAGUAACACCAAUGCGCGCGGGCGUCGCAACAAUAACGGGAAUCACGCAAAUGGUAGCAAUCUCAAAGAGGUCAUGUCCUCGAACGGCGACAACGCCUCCACACACAGUGGGCAGAACGAGCACACGUCAGGAAUGAGCUGGAACACGCAGGACCAUGCCGUCCUCCAGGGCUACCGACGGGCCUACCGCCUUGACACACCGUCCUCCUUCAAGAACCCCGGUAGCCACAUCGUCCUAAGCCAGGGCAUUGGCAAGUUCUCACCCACAAUGGCGCGAACAAAAUCGAAGAGGAGAAUAGAGAAGAGCCAGCUGUCGCUCGCAGUGCGCAAGAACUUUAAUGCGCAGGCUGUGUCCGAGACCAGCUGCAUCAUCGAUUGGAUGUACAAGGUGAAAAACCAAGACAAGGAGUUUCGUGUGCGCUUCGCACCUCCACGUAAAUAG